CCAUUGGAAUCUUGUUUGAUUCAGAGAAUUCUCGUUUGAUCCCUAUAGGAUUUGUUCCAAAUUAGGACAUAAAUUCCAUAACCAUUCCUUUAAGAGUUUUGGACGAGAGAAUUGGCCAACCACGUGUUGAGCGAAUGUUUUUCCACUCCCACUGCUUUCUCAUUUCUGAUAAAAGUUGCGAAAGCGAAAGUUAACGUCCAUGUUCAUCAAUUGUGGAAGGGAAUAUUGGUGCGUUCGUUUGCAUUCCUCCAUUAUCUUUUCACAUCAACGCCUAUGAUGAACAUUCCUCCGCCUGCUUCUGUUGGGAAGGUGAAAGUGGAAGUGUUUAAGUCGUUUCUUCUGUGUACUGUUGCCGGCACCUGUGUGGGUGUGAUGUACAUCCAGUGGACUCACAUAUGGAUGCUCAGAGCUGAAAUGGCUGAGAUAUCGCUGAAGUUCAGGCCUCUGGAUACAGCGGGGAAGGAAAGUGGUAUAUGCUGCGAUGCCGCCGCUUGCUGCGGGGUAAGCGGAUAUCACAGAUUUCUUGAGAGACAGAAACAUGGACAUGGCCGAGACACGAGAGACGUGCAAGAACAGAAGAAACUGAGACAGAGACGACAAACAGAGCGGCACACAUUUCUCCAUCUUGUUCCUAUGUCCUCUCAGUCGUACAACGAUUAUGAUACCACUGUCCUCUCUUGGGCCCUUGGACAGAGCAGAGGCGAGGGGCUUCAGCUAUCAGGUGACACAGUAACAGUGGUGACUGAGGGUACUUACUUUAUUUACAGUCAGGUGCUGUAUAAAGAUACCACCUGGGUCAUGGGUCAUGUGAUCACAAAAAGGCUCAGGGGAGCAGAGAGUAAGCUGAUGAAGUGUCUAAAGAGCAUGCCCAGAAACGUCAGCCAGCCACUCAACACUUGCUACACAGCUGGUGUUCACUUCCUGGAGUCUGGAUCCACACUUCAGCUCUCCGUUCCCCGCAAAUCUGCAGAGCUCAUCCUUACUGCUCACGCUACCUUCAUGGGCAUCUUCAACAUUUGAAACACACACACACACACACACACACACACACACUUAGAUGUUUAGCUGAGAGAAAUCUUUUUACCCUUUGCUUGCUUUUUGCCCCAUAUGAUAGAAUCAUAAUCUCAAACAAUUGCAAAUAAUCAUGUUUUGCGCUUUUAAGUGGUACAUUGGUGACAUCUAGUGGACACUUUAAAUGCUACGGUACUAAAUAGAUGUGUGUGGUUUUUUUUUUUAAAGUUAGGUAAAAUACUACAGUAUAUACAUAUCACUUAGAUGAGCAUUUAGUUUAAAUAAUAGAUGAAAAACAACAGUGCUGUGUUGUAAAUAGCACACUAUCAUGCUGUACUAAAUUCAAAGGCGUUGGAAAUGUUCUACCCCCUAAUCAUAAUUACAAUGAUGUCAAACAUAUUCAAUUACAUAUUCUGAGAAAGAAAAAGGAAAUCAACAAAAAUAAAAACAUGGAUGAGGUGUCAAAAGCAGAAGUAACAAAAAGUACCAUGGUAAAAGGUUUUCUUUUUUCCUUGUAUUUUCUUCAGAUGUACAAUGGUGGUUGGCUCCUUUGAAGUACCAUGCAAAUACCAUUGUAUAUGAAUAUGGGAAUAAUUCAGACCAACUUUCAGUGAACAUCAUGCAACAAUAAUAAUGAAAAAAAAAAUGAAAAAAAAAAAUUAAAUAUAGUAAUGCUUUAUACAGUACAUUUAAAGAGUUUACAAGUUAAGAGUAAAUACCAAAAUGAAUUUAUGAUCAACUGCAGUCACGCUUUCCAUCAUCUACUGUAGAAAGAGACCCUUCCAACAUCACAGCUCAAUAUCUCCCAUUAUUAUUAAUUAAUAUUUAUAUAGGGUGACCAGAUUCCUGCUUGUGGAAAAUGGGACAGCCCCCUCCCAGCAAAAAUUAAAUUGACGUAUCCUUACCUAGGUGCAGAUCAAUGUGAAGUAGAGGGUGAAUCCGCAUCUGUAACUGUUGUCACCUUGUACUUUUCACUGGCAGCAAUUUUUCUCAGUGUUUGCUUGUCUUUCAAGAGUUUAUAAUAAAAUGCAGAGCAGUCCAGUCUAAAAUUAAGAUGUACAAAAAGCAUUGCCUUAAUGACUGUUACACCAAGUCGAGAUUUAUCCGGUGUCCAUGCUGCAUUCAUUAAUGAGAACACACGCUCCACAGAUGCAGAUGUCCCAGGCAGGCAUAAAACAAACUCCAUGACCUUGGCUAAGACUCCGAAGUUGAUGGUCUUGCUCUCCAGGUCACGAAAAACAUCUGUCCAUCUCUCAGACACGGCCGUCUUGUUCAUGUUCCCCUCAGUGAUGCAAUGAGUGACAAUGAUUUUCACACAAGCCCACUCAUCAAAGGGCAUGGUUUCAUCAGUCAAACUGGGAGCGGGGAUUCUGGAGUAGAAGUGUUUGAGGCUGCUCUGAAUGUCUUUCCACUCUGGGAUGUCUCUCAGUAGGGCCCACUCAAGUUUUUCUUUGUUCUCCAAUGAGCGGCUCCAAUUUUGGAGGUAAUCCACUGAUGCUGAAUAAAAGUUUCUCACUGCACAAAAUAAAUCAUCUGCAUUCGCAUGUCACCAGCUUCAACCAGGGCAUCCAACUGCUUUUCAAUGUCAGAGGGUAUGAAUGAUUCCUCCAGCCUGGCCUGCAAGACUUUUCUCAAGUCAUGAAUGUGCAAAGCCACUUCUGUGGCUGAUAAGUGGUUUUGCUCUACUAUCUCCAGUGCACGGUUAAAAGUGGCUGUUUGCUUGAGUGCAAAGCCAAUCCAAAGUUUAGUGCAAGGAUCACUGAAAAUGUCUCUUAGAAACUUUGGGUAUUUUUUUUUUUUUUGAGAAAGAAGGUAUGCACGCAGACCACUGAAAAUGUGUAGUAUUCUUUCAAGAGCUGGACCAAAAGAGAGGAAAUGUGUGUUGCCAUGCUGCAGUAAUUUCUGAUUGUCCAGCUGCACAAAAGCGAGUACGUUGCAUAUGACAGCUUCAGAUUUGGUGCCGGCAGAAGAAAAUUUCAGAUCGUACAAUUUCGCAGUGCAGUCAGCCGACCAAAAACUAUGGCCGAGCACAACAGAAUGAUAAGCAAAAAGUCUUUCACUUGCGUGCACCUUGUCAGAUUCGUAAAUUUGCUUCACAAAAAAAACAAAAACAAA